AGCGUCCCGGGAUAUAGCGACUGUGGUGGUCUGUCUUUCCUUUUUUUAUUUUUUAUUUUUUUAUCUCGUCCUAGGUUUCUUCCGACCCAGUCGCAGCGCGAAACGAUGUCUGAGACUGCGCCCGCCGCCCCGGCCACUCCAGCCCCCGCGCCGGCUGAGAAGACUCCGGUCAAGAAGAAGGUCAAGAAGCCUGCUGGAGCUGGAGGAGCCCGGCGCAAAGCUGCAGGCCCCCCGGUGUCUGAGCUGAUCACUAAGGCUGUGGAAGCCUCCAAAGAGCGCAGCGGCGUGUCUCUGGCCGCCCUCAAGAAGGCGCUGGCGGCAGCUGGCUACGACGUGGAGAAGAACAACAGCCGCAUCAAGCUGGGGCUCAAGAGCUUGGUGAGCAAAGGUACUUUGGUGCAGACCAAAGGCACCGGGGCUUCCGGUUCUUUUAAGCUCAACAAGAAGGCUUCUGCCGGCGAGGGCAAAGCGAAGGGCAAGAAGGCGGCUGCCGCCAAGGCCAAGAAGCCGGCUAGCGGUGCAGCCAAGAAGCCCAAGAAAGCGGCAGGGGCGGCAGCUGCUAAGAAAGGUGUCAAGAAGACGCCAAAGAAGGCCAAGAAGCCGGCUGCGGUGGGAGCCAAGAAGGCCACCAAGAGCCCAAAGAAGCCCAAAGCGGCCAAGGCGAAAAAAGUGGCCAAGAGCCCUGCUAAGGCUAAGCUGGCUAAGCCCAAGGCGGCUAAGCCUAAGGCGGCCAAGCCUAAGAAGGCAGCGCCAAAGAAAAAAUGAAGGGUGCUAUGGGAGAACUCCGCUUUUAGAAGCCUCAAAAGGCUCUUUUCAGAGCCACCCCAAAUCCUCAGAAAGAGCUUAAUACAAUACUUUUCUCCCUCCUCAGUUUCCCUACACUCUUGGUGCGGAGGGAGGGCAAAAUGCGUGGCGGUGGGGAUGUAUUCGCAAAAGCGGAAAAAUUCAAGCGCCUCGGAUGAGGGCUUGCUUCUUGGGACAUCCCAAGCCGUGACCCGCCAGCUUGGCUAUGAAGAGAUUCGCUCUUCAGCCUCGGCUAACACUUAACGACCGAGAUCUGAGCUGCCUGCACAUUCGGGAGCCCAUUAACAGCUCUCCGCACUUCUGCAAGCCUAUACUGCUAGUACGUUCCCCGAUGUUGGCUCGAACCCCCGCCCCCUUCCAAAAGCAAAUAUUUCCGCUUCUUGCAUGAAAUGUUGGGUGUGUUGACUCGCAAGAAUGUCCCGGGACGCUGGGGACGUCCUCUGGCACACAAGAAUGCUUUUCGCGCAUGCAUAUAUAUACCCUUCGCUUGACACUUACUGGCAACCCCGGGACAAGUGAGUUGGGUUGCCUUCCAGAAAUCCUCGUAUUGCCAAAGACUAGGGCUAACAGACUGGGCUGCACUUGGAAACCCAAUACUUGUGCUUGAUCCUAACCCCCUACUGUCGGGACAGCUUUUUUAAGUUGGGGACCGGGGCGUGUAACGGCUUUUUCUUUGAAAAAAAUGGGUGGCUCUGAAAAGAGCCUUUGGUUUCUGGGGCUAACCUUCAUGAAACCCCUUUACUUGCCCUUGGUUUUGUGGUGACUCUCGGUCUUCUUGGGCAACAGCACAGCCUGAAUGUUGGGCAGAACGCCACCCUGCGCAAUGGUGACCUUGCCCAGUAACUUGUUCAGCUCUUCGUCGUUGCGGAUGGCCAGCUGUAGGUGGCGGGGAAUGAUACGCGUCUUCUUGUUGUCACGGGCCGCGUUGCCGGCCAAUUCCAGAAUCUCAGCAGUCAAGUACUCCAGCACCGCUGCUAGGUAGACUGGCGCUCCCGCGCCGACUCGCUCCGAGUAGUUGCCUUUACGGAGCAAACGGUGCACCCGACCCACCGGAAACUGCAGACCUGCCCGAGAAGAACGAGACUUGGCCUUGGCGCGGGCUUUGCCUCCCUGCUUUCCGCGUCCAGACAUAUCGAACAGAAAAAGCAGUUCUUGGUAGAAACUUAGAAAAACACGCCGCUUUUUCCCCCUUUUCGCAGGACGCAGGACCUAUUAUACUAUCAAGCGGGAGGCUAAACGGAGCUCUCCCAUUGGUCCAGAGCCGCUCUUGCUUAUCCAGCCAAUUGAAAACUUGGACGGUCAUCUGGUCCUUUGCAUAUGCUCCUCCCAAUACGGAAACGGCUUUGAACAUGCUUCAUCCAAUCCGGCGUUAGGGAUUUCCAAUCUCUCAUUUGAAUACGCGCACUACAAGUAGCACCGACUGAGUGAGAGCAAACAUCCGCGUUUGAGUUUCUCUGAGCUUUUGCUUCGCUCUAUUCCUCGACAUGCCGGAACCCGCCAAGUCUGCUCCUGCCCCGAAAAAGGGUUCUAAGAAGGCGGUGACCAAAGCGCAAAAGAAAGAUGGCAAGAAGCGCAAGCGUAGUCGCAAGGAGAGCUACUCUAUCUACGUGUACAAGGUGCUGAAGCAGGUCCACCCGGACACGGGCAUCUCGUCCAAGGCUAUGGGCAUCAUGAAUUCUUUCGUCAACGACAUCUUCGAGCGCAUCGCCGGCGAGGCUUCCCGCCUGGCGCACUACAACAAGCGCUCCACCAUCACUUCCCGGGAGAUCCAGACGGCCGUGCGCCUGCUGCUGCCCGGGGAAUUGGCCAAGCACGCCGUUUCCGAAGGUACCAAGGCUGUUACCAAGUACACCAGCUCCAAGUAGGCUUGGACAGCAAAAUCCUCUAAAAAAAUUGACCCAAGGGCUCUUUUAAGAGCCACCCACACUUUCAAAGAAAAGAGCUCUAACCUUGUGGGGUCGUGUGGCUUUGUCCAGCGUGUCCUCUGGUAAGCCUUCUAUUAAGUAAUGUGUAAAUCUUGCUUAUUUCUUGUGUAAGGGGCUGUAAGGAAGAUGAGAAAUAUGUUUGUCGCCUUGACAUAAUGCCUUACCUCACCUCUUCUUCCCCCCAGUUCUCGCCAGUCUUGAUCUUCAUCCAGUGUAGUUGUACUUUAUUUGCACCGUUUUCGGGUUUGACUGGAGAGUACUAAACGGGCCUUAAUACCCCAGGCCAACACGGGCAGAAAGUUGCAUAAACGGCACAAUAGGACCUGCUAUCGCUCCUUUGUGGUAAUUCAAAAGAAAAGCUAAAGAGUUUGCGCGGGAAAAUGCUGGAAAAACUGGAGGGAUGCAAAACAAGGCAUAGUAUCCAGCAUCUCAUGGGCGCAUAGGAAAGUAAAACUCCAAAAACUCCAAAAACAUUGCUUUCUUGAAAUAUGGGAUAGGGAGGAUCACAAAAGGUAACAUGGACUGCUUUGAUCAUGUAAAAUUAAAAGUAUAUAAGACCUAA